UAAAUCUUGUCCUAAUACAUGUGUUUUUUUAUUUCUUUUUUUAUGUUAUACACACUGUAUGCAUUCCUUACACGUUAACAUAUGCAAUUACCUAAUUAACUAAUUAGAUGGUCCACUUAACUAGUCUUAUGUACUAAUAAUCUGUGUUGGCGCGUUUACGAGUUUUGUAAAGUGGAUUAUAUUUUGUAAAAUUUCAACUAGGUCUAGAAAACACCAUAAACUGUGUUCGUCUUCUUUUGUCGCGGCUUCAGUUGCAUUAAUCAGCAAAAGCGCCAUUUUACGUAUAAUGGUUGCUGGUCCUUAAAGCUACCGGAACUUCUAGCAAUAGAAUAUAAUCCUGAAAAAAGUUUUUGGAAAGUUGGAAAUAUAGAGAAAACUCCUUAAAGAUAAAUUUUCUGACACGUUUUUUUUUUCUAAUUAAAAUUUCUUCUUCUUAUCGAAUCAAAGACGGCUGGAAACAGUCUAAAAAAACUUUGGGAAAUAUUGUUGAGCACUAUGUGUGAACGGACGUGGUUUGAUCACCUUUUUUUAUUUGACCUCGUGAAAAUAUUUGGAUUAACCUAUAUAAAUUCCUGUUUCAGCAUAGCCUAUAACUAGUUACUUAUUAAAAAUACAUGCGUAAAUGAAUAAAAUAAAAAUUAACUUUCUUUAUCGUAAAAAAGGUGAUUUUUUACUGGGUAUGCGCAGAGUUUGUUUUAUGCAUGUCUCUCUGUGAGAAAAAUUUAUCUGUACCACAUAUACUCUUCCACUCGAAAAGAGUGCGUUUGUUAAACUAUUAAAUAUUUAUUACUAUCAGUUGAUAUUAUAUAACGGUAUAGUAAGACAUAUUUUAUUUAUGUUUACAAAAGAGGGGCAAGAGGGAGCGAGAGAGAGAGAGAGAGAGAGAUAGAGACAGAGAGAUAGAGGUUUGUUGCAAAGACUUUUUAUAUCAAAAAUGGAUCACACUACCUUUAUUGGGUUUCUUUCACUGAUCGUUGUGUUGACCGUCGCCUUAAACGGACUAGUCGUGGUUGGUUUACUUAAGCAAAGAAGACACUUGUCAACAUAUGACAUUACACUGUUAUUUCUAAUGUUUAUCGAGUUUCUUCAAGCAAUCAUUGGUUAUCCAAUUGAAUUGUUCACAAAAUUUAAAGAUAGAAGAUUUUUGUGUAUUAUAGCUGGGUAUUCAACAACAAGUCUAGCCCUUGCUUCAAUAUCACUCCUGGUAGCCUUAGCUUUAAUGAGAGUCAUAUCAGUGAUGUAUCCUUUCAAGUCACGCCUGUUGUUAAACUCUAAGAAGAGCAGCCUGUAUUUUAUUGUACCAUCAACCUUAUACGGAUUUGCAUGGGGUACUUUUCCCCUUCUUGGUUGGAGCAAAUAUUCUCCCGAGCUCAACAGCGACAGAAGAUGCUCUGUAGAUUUAAUUGGUCGAGACAAGAAUACUCUCUCUUAUCUGUAUGCUUUAAUGGUCGCAUGCUAUUUAAUACCAUUAGCGGUUAUGUUUCUUACUGCUUUAGGAAUUGGUAAGCGAUUAUCGGGACGUAAAAUGUGUCUGGCUGCUGAACAGGAGCAAGCAAAAGUGGCAAGGGUUCAAAAGGAAAAAAAAAUGGCAUUGUUCUUAUUUGUUGUGAUAGUGGCUUUUGUGAUUGCUUGGACUCCCUAUGCUUUGAUGAUUUUUGUUAUAUCGUUUGGUGGAAAUGUGACCACGACUUGGCUUGAUUAUUCAGCUCUUCUAGCUAAAAGCUCCACUUUCUACAAUCCUAUAAUUUACGUGUUUAUGCACAAGAGAAGUCGCGUUGCUGUUUUCAAAUUUUUAGGGUCGAUGACUGGUACAAACAGUAAUACUGUAGAUCACGGUUUGCGUAAUACUUACAGAAAGGGAUGUGACACUAACGUAACCGUGCUGAGUCUUCCUCAAAACAAUUGAUAGGAACGAACAAUUUU